UUCCUGUACAGGGCAAGACGACGAACUUUCCCAACGCCUUGAAGGCUUCUCUCUGUCGGAAAAAGAGCAUAACUACAUCGAUUUGGGUCAAGUCGACAUCAAACUCAGCGAUGGAGAAUGCAAGCGUAGUUUAUUUGGCAAAAUCAUUGGCGACAGGAAAGCUUCAUGGAUCGGAGUUCAGAGGGCGCUGAAUUACAUAUGGAAACUCCGUGAGCCUAUGGAAGCAAGAGAAUUAGGCCAUAACUUCUUCCAAUUCAUUUUCCAAAACAAAGAAGAUCUGGAGAAAGUGAAUAAAGGCAUCAACUGGACUUUUGAAAAUCAAUACCUCAUCCUCUCAGAAUGGAAAACAGGGCUAUCGAUGAACCACCCUAUAUUUCAAGAGCUGCAGCUCUGGGUUCAGGUUUUUAACGUACCCCUUAACUGGCUUAGCACUGAUGUGGGUAUGAAAAUAGGUAGGGUGUUCAAGCAAGUUAAGAAUGUUGUGAUUGUGGGAGCAGGAAGUCACGGAGGAAGAAUUAUGCGUCUUCUUGCGGCCGUGAACUUGAAUGAACCUCUUCCUAGAUGUGCUAAGCUCAGACUGGAUGACCAAGAAGCUACUGUAAGCUUUAAAUAUGAAAAACUAGUAAACCACUGUCAUUAUUGUGGUUGGAUUGGUCACUUGGAUAGAGAAUGUUCAAAAAGACUGGAGGAUAUCCGCUCAAACACAGUCAAGGAAGGACAAUUCAGAGAUUGGAUGCGAGCCACUGAAAGCAGACAUUGGGCUGGGACUAACAAUGCAGGAUCUCAAAGUCCACCACGAGCAACCUCUGCCUCCCCUCCAACUCCAGUCAAUGCCCCCUCAUCCACUUUCAGUCAAGACAAUGCCAUCAACCAGCUAAUUCCAUUUCCUGCUUCUUCUUCACCCCAUAAUAUUCAAACCUCAGUUGCCUCCUCUUCCUUUCAUACUUCAACUCAGACAACACCAAAGCCUAUUGAAAAACCUCCUUCUACCAGUCUCACAAUCCCAGAACAAACUCCCCCUCAUCAACUCCCAAUCAAUAUCCCACAGUCUUCUGAUAUGGAAACUGAGCAUGCUAUUUCUAAAUCUCAAAAUAAGGCUAUGGUCUCAGUUCAAGAUUUGCACAAAUCUAUUGCCAAAACUUGGAAAAGAUCAUCAGCAAGAACGGGUAGACUUCAGAGACAAUCAGAUACUCAUUCUCUGAUGGAGAGUAGUAGCAGUGGAAAAAGGUCUAGACAGGAGCAAACUCAAAUCCCAGAAG